UCACGUUCCAACCCGGAAGAAUUGCUUUUCUCUGAUUAACGUUUGAAUAAACAAGAAUUACCCAUUUGUUUUAGGAAAAGAUUGUACGCGAUGUGGCCCACAUUGUACAUUUAAUCUGACAUUUUUCAUGUCUUAUUCAGUAGGGAUAGACGUUAAAGUGAUCGAAUGUAAGUAGCAACGCCCUAAUGUCAGCCACCUUGUCGAGAAAAAUAGCCCUGCUGUGUUUACAAAUCGGGUAGCUAAGAAUUGUUUCCCUGCAGUGUAGUAGCUAACUAAAAGCUUGGUUGCUGUAGACGAAGAAAAUAUGGCUGAACUGCACGUUGUGGAAACUAGUGGCUCAGGUACUAUAGAGCAAACCGAACACCGUGAUGUCCGAGGCUCCGUACGGCUAGCUUCGCCCACACUCAUGAUUCCGCCGCGGAGCAGCUUGCCUACUAGUCCUGGGGUGUCUACUUCUAGCAGAUCAGUGUUUGGGUUCCCAAUGAAGAGCAACCCUAGCUCCCCAUCAGAGCCACUGGAGAAGCCAGGAUCCCGCUGGGUUCGUCUCAAUGUUGGUGGGACCUACUUCGUCACAACCAAACAAACAUUGUGUAGGGACCCUAAAUCAUUCAUAUACCGAUUGUGUCAAGAAGAUCCUGAUUUGGAUUCUGAUAAGGAUGAAACUGGUGCUUACCUGAUCGAUAGGGACCCUACAUAUUUUGGGCCCAUUUUGAAUUACCUGCGGCAUGGAAAACUCAUCAUGGACAAGAACCUGGCAGAAGAAGGGGUCCUUGAGGAAGCAGAGUUCUACAACAUUGCAUCACUGGUGAGACUGGUCAAAGAGAGGAUACGGGACAAUGAGAACCGAACGUCUCAGGGCCCAGUGAAGCAUGUGUACCGGGUGCUGCAGUGCCAGGAGGAGGAGCUAACACAGAUGGUCUCAACCAUGUCUGACGGCUGGAAGUUUGAGCAGCUCAUAAGUAUUGGCUCCUCCUAUAACUAUGGCAACGAGGACCAAGCUGAAUUUCUGUGUGUGGUUUCUCGGGAGCUCAACAACUCCACCAAUGGCAUUGUCAUUGAGCCCACAGAGAAGGCCAAGAUCCUUCAGGAGAGAGGCUCACGGAUGUAAAGAAACACCAUCUCCCGACCCACCUGGGAUUUCUUCAGUCUCAUGUUCCAUAAGCUCAUUCUCGUCACCCCCCUCCAACCCUGUGCACCUCCUCCACUCCCUCUCCUCUGGUGUGCCUUUCCACAGUGGGGGGUUUCUCAUACUCUGCCCCUACAGUGCUGCAACACAAUCCCAAUAGCGUCAUUUUUUUUCUUCUUCUCUGUCAUAUUUUUCAAAAUGUUUGGAGGCAUUUUAAGCAGCUUAUUAUGAUGAUUGAUAAAAGAGGGCUUUUGAUGAUAUUGGCCACUUGAUUUAGGUUUCGGUUGUCAUUAUAUCCCCACACUUUCAAUUGAAUCUCCACACAGAGCUAAGUCUUCAUUAUCAUCCCCAUUCUGGUUAAGGCACAGUUAACCAUGUCCCCUGUUUGUCUGACAACGUUGACAUCUGUGAUUAUCUCCUCAGGACUAUCAAAAGACAUACAAUGGAUAAAUUGAUGCAGACAGCUGUACAGACUAAGCUUAUCCCCUCAAACACCAUCCUAAAUACGCCUCCUUCGACCUCCACUCUCCUCGCUGCUGGGGGUGGGUCACAGCUUCACAGCAGGGUGUGCCAGCUCUGGGAGGCUGUGGGUCGAGAGGUUGCACAAGGACAAGCAUGCAACAGGCAGGCCAUUCUAGACCCCUGAAAGCAACAGAUCAGCAGAAUCUCUCCAUGGGUCAGCUUAUCGUGUGAGUUCUGUUGUUAAAGUAUAAUUUGCCUGACAGGAGAGAGGUAGACCCUUGUCUUGUGGAUGGCCCACUUUGGAUCAUCUGUGACUUUCACUUUUGGGCAUCACAGAGGACUCCCAUCUCCUCCCGGCCUGCUUCAGCCUGUUGUCUUGGGAAAGGCACAUCUUUUCGCAGCUGUACUAAAGGAUGUUUCCAUGCAAAAGAAAGCAAAUGACUCAAAAGACUAAAAUACACCUGGUUACAAUUGUCAGGCAUGUGAGGAACAUAAAUCUAUAUAUAUGAUGAAAUUAUUAUGAAAAUUGAAUGCAAAUGGUGUAAUUAUUGAUUUAUGUAUCAUAGUUGUCAUAUAUUUGUGUAUUAUUGGUGAGUAAUACUAAUUUCAUGGAGGAAAGUAUCCAUAUCCUCCAAACCAGUUCUCCAGAUGUGUUCCCCCAGUGACAGGGGUGUGAGUUUGUGUAUGCAGUGCCUCUGCUUUUUCGUCAGUGACUGAAAUAUGAUCAACAUCCCAGGAUCCCAGCAGUAGAUUUUUGGUUAAGAGUAACCUCUUAAUACAUAUUCCUAUUUAAUAGGUCUAUUUUUAUUUAGUUCUUUUGCAUAUCUUAAAAUUGUAAUUAGAGCUAAAGUACAGGUUAGUGAAAAUUAUUUUUGUUUGACAUGAAGAGAUGGACGUGUGUCUACGUCAUUUGUGGUUCUUUCAAACCCGUGUCCACCUGUAUGCAGCCUCAAAGCCUGGAGUUUUCUUCCUGGCCUUGUCACAUUCUCAUUUCAAUUUUAACUUCUUCUGCAGCUGUUUCAAAGUACAUCCAGCUCUCUGUGUUUCACUGUAUUUUACAGUAUCUCCAUUCAUUUAGGUGCAAACUAAAAAAAACUAUCCUUUCCAAUUCACGUUUUAGAAUCGUUCUUGUCCACAGAAACUUUGUACGUUGGAUGUGCUAGUUGGGAAGUGUUUUCAGAUUUGUUUUAGUUUUUGAGAGGAACUAUUAAUCUGUUUAUUUUAUGUGACAUUGUUCAUUGUUCUGUGCCAAGAGUAAUGGGUACUAGCUUGACAGAAUUGUACUUCUGUCACCACACACAUAUCAGCUAUUUUGGAUGACCAAGUCCUGGUAUUACCAAUUUGUCUAUUUUUUGUUUCUUUUUUUCAAUCUGUCAGUCUGAUUGUGUACUUAAAAUCUGUUAAGGCAAAGGUGUAUCCUUUGGAUAAUAUCAAACCCUUUUUGUUUCAAUGGUGUUGCAACUUACAUACUUAAAACACUGUUUCUUGUGUAUAAUGAAUAUUUGGUGCAAUUAUGUUAUAUCAGCAUGAAGAAUGCUUUUAACAAAGAAAAAAUGUAACGUGUUAUCGUCAUGCUCCCUGACUGUCCUCUCAGGCUUUGGAGCUCUGACUGUUGAUGUGUUUUAAUUUCUCCUCUCGAGUGCGAGUUGUGCAAUUUUAUGGAUGCAGACAAACUGUGUUGCAAUGUAUGCCUGACUGUCUCAUUUAGAGGCAUGUUUUCCCCUUCUCUUUCCCCUUCGUCCAUGUCCAGUGUUGUGCCUUUGACCUGUGUUGUGCACAGUUGUUCUCCCCUUUGUCAUGGGGCUAGUGAGGCUCCUCUCCUACCUUUAGAAACCCCCUAGGAGACCCUGAGGUUUGGAAUGGUGUGAUCCUCAGUUUAGUCUCCACUAUUCAUCUUUCUGUGAGAGUGAAAUGUCCUCGGGAAUCGUCCUAACCUAAGUCAUCAUUAAUAUUUGUUUAUGCGUAGCACAGAUUAUCCGGCUUAACUCGAAUUUCCUUUGUGCCAAUUAUUUUGAUUCGACUCUCGUGACCUGUUGCCGCUCAUGCUUUGUUUGUUGUCCGCAUUUUUCAGCUUUUUGGUGGGUUAAGUUUACAGUACACCACAACCAAACACAAUAGGAGCAGAGAACAGAUGUUAGGAGUGUUCUGAUUUUAUCUUAGUAAAUGUCAGCAGUGCACUUUCUGGGGGAAAUUAAAAGACUGGCUUUUUAUUAGGCUUUUUCUCUUUGAGUUGCGUGAUAUAGGCCAUUGAAACCAUCUAUAUUGAUCCUAUUUUUUAGAUCAACUUUUGAAGCACUUAUUUUUCACCAGAGUGAAAAUCUUUCCUGUCUGCCUUUAUUUUUUUCACAUCUAUUUGUUUCGCCCUGCAAAGGGUUAGUUAAAAUUUGAAUCAAACUACUUUCUGAAAACCUCAGAAAAAAAAUAUUGAUUUGCCCCCUCACCUGCACUCCGUACCCCUGACGUGCUACUUUUACAAAUCUGAAGAAGAAAAAAAAUAACGUCACGCUCUGGCACGUGAAAAAAUGAGAGCAUGCAUUGUUCUAGAGAUUACGAUGUUGUGUACUGGAUUUUGUCUGACCUGUGUUAGUGCAAAGUGUAUGUGAUGCAUGGUUGGAGAGCAGGAGGAAGGCAUGGCUCUAGUAGGUGUAGAUUUCUUGUGUGGGACAGUGGGUCUACAACAAUACCUUAUUCUCUAAUCAUAUGUUUUGUUUAUAUGUUGUUUUUGUAUCCUGUCACGUCAGUUUAACAAUAGGUGAAAUAACUAGUUUAAAAUGGAAUUAACAGAAUUAACCAACAAACUAAUGUCUUAUUAAAACUGGACACAAACUGCAGACCC